CGCCCGUCCCCCCCCGCCCGAGUCACCUUGAUCCCGGCGCGAGCGGAGCCGGCAUGGCGGCGGGAGGCGCGACGAGGCCCGCGAAGGCCAAGACCUCGCCCAAGUCCGUCAAGUUCCUCUUCGGCGGCCUGGCCGGGAUGGCGGCGACGGUCUUCGUGCAGCCGCUGGACCUGGUGAAGAACCGGAUGCAGCUGAGCGGCGAGGGCGCCAAGACGCGCGAGUACAAGACCAGCCUGCACGCGGUGGGCAGCAUCCUGCGCCGGGAGGGCGUGCGCGGCAUCUACACCGGGCUCUCCGCCGGCCUCCUCCGCCAGGCCACCUACACCACCACCCGCCUGGGCAUCUACACCGUCCUCUUCGAGAAGCUCACGGCCGCCGACGGGACGCCCCCCAGCUUCUUCCUGAAGGCGCUGAUCGGAAUGACCGCCGGUGCCACCGGGGCCUUCGUGGGCACCCCCGCCGAAGUGGCGCUCAUCCGCAUGACUGCAGAUGGGAGGCUGCCUGUCGACCAACGGCGCGGCUACACCAACGUCUUCAAUGCGCUCCUGCGGAUGACCCGUGAGGAAGGGAUCCCCACACUCUGGAGGGGAUGCAUCCCCACCAUGGCUCGGGCAGUGGUAGUCAACGCAGCCCAGCUGGCGUCCUACUCCCAGUCGAAACAGUUCCUCCUGGACUCGGGGUACUUUGAAGACAACAUCUUAUGUCAUUUCUGUGCCAGCAUGAUUAGUGGGUUGGUGACCACGGCGGCCUCCAUGCCAGUGGACAUCGCCAAGACCAGGAUCCAGAACAUGCGGAUGAUCGACGGGAAGCCUGAGUACCGAAACGGGUUGGACGUGCUGGUGAAGGUCGUCCGCUACGAAGGCUUCUUCAGCCUAUGGAAGGGCUUCACGCCCUACUACGCCCGCCUCGGCCCCCACACCGUCCUGACGUUCAUUUUCCUGGAGCAGCUGAACAAGUUCUACGGGAAGUUCUUUCUCGGGACCUGAGGGGCCCGUCUCCCUGAUGCCCCCCCAGCCAAGGGCAGACGGAAAGGCCGGGGCCCCUCUCUUGUCCCACCAAUCAUGAGGACGGACUGACUCCUCCCAGGAUGGGGAGUGGACACUAUUUAUUGAGGACGGGGAAGCAUCUGGGCCCGGGACCUGCAGGAGGGGGUGCUGCAGAAUCCGGCAGCCGCCUCAUUUUGCUUUCAGCUGAGUAAAUGUGAUCAUGGUCCGAA